UGCAUCAUUUGAGUUUUUGACCUGACCAUUCAUUCCCCUGUCCCUGCCUUUCCAAUUCUAAUUUUCUUUCUUCUACUCAGCAGACGGCACAACUUUUAAGGCAAUCGGCGUUUCUCUUCCAGUUUCUGAAAUCCAUACCCAGCCAUCAACUCAAUACUCUCACCUUGGAUCACAUAUCUCACAAAAGCCUCUGUUUCUUUAGCUGUUUCUGUGGUUUUGCUUCAUAACACAGCAAUAAGAUUACUUCCACUUGUCAUUAUAUAAACUACUGUAUCAUAGUUUCAUCAUCAACAGAACACGAUAGCAAGUGAUUUGACUGCAAAAAACACAAAUGUACCCAAAGGUGAAGGUGAGAACAGAUGGGCAAGAUGAUCAACCUGCACACAGCUGGAGUUCUUUGCUUUCCUUGAAGGAUAUCCAGUUUCUUUGUUUGCAGGAUUCUUGUUUUCCAGUGAAGGGGCACCAAGAUGAUUCUCCACCACCCAUAGCAAGAAUUCCGAAGUCUUAUGUACCGAGUGUGAUCAUGCCAAAAGUCUCUGUUUCUGAAGGAGCAGAGAAGAAAAACAUUUUUAAUGAGGAGGAUAAACCAAAUAUCAGAGCCAGUUCAAUCCCACGCCCGCGUGCUGUCUUAUCUAGUCCUGACAAUGAUGCAGUGAUCGGGAAUAACAACAAGACUAGAGUGGCAAGGCCCUCAGCUUUGAAGAAUAAUAAGCUGAUUCAAAAUAGGCAUGAACUAUGUAAAGUUUUCCCCAGUAGAAUCACUGAUGGUAGCCCAACAAAUACAAGAAAGUCCAAGAGCACUCCUGACAAUAAGAGUGAAGUUAAAGUAAAGAAAGGGUUGCCAACGGAUACACCACGUUCUAUGAGAAUCUAAUUGCUUAAUUUACACACUGGAUCUAUAGCUGGGUUGAUAAUAGCAAGGACAUUUUUGUUUCCUAAUGGGAGCACGGCAACCUCUGUUGCAAUUUUGUUAUACUGUAACAGAAAUCACAUGAAGGGCAAUCUUCAUGUAAUAGGAUCUUUACAUUAUCAGUUUGUUGUCCAGAAGAAGAAAUCCAUAUAUUAUGAGCUUGUAGUCCAGGGGAAUCCAGAGAAAAUAAGAUCAGCCUGCGACAAUCAUUGAUGGACAUGUUCAACAGUACAUGGGGCGGUUGCAGGCAUGAAUCUCCAGCCGAAGUCCAUGGUGAUUUGUGGCGCCAACAAAUUCAGACUUGCAAGUUAAGAAUCAUCUACCAAAACAGAACGUGGAUGACCGAAAAGGAUUUAUUUUUUUAAAUGUUUUUUUAUUUGAAAAUAUAUUAAAUAAUAUUUUAUUUUAUAUUUUUAAA